GUGACAAGGUGACCAGCUGGCGUCCAGCCUGGGCUGUUCUGAGCCACGUCUGGGCUGGCGUCCUCCUUCCAUGCCUGCAGGUGCAGGGGAGACAUGGUGGGAGAGCCAUGGGCUGGGCAGGGGCUGCAGGGCUACAUCUGUGUCUUCACAGUGACCUCCGCCGCCUGGGCCCAAGCACGGGAUUCUGAACGCGUCUGGCGCAUCAUGUUCUCGGAGCAGGCUGCCCAGAGGGCCCACACUCUCCUCUCCCCACCGUCCGCCAGCAAUGCCACCUUUGCCCGUGUGCCUGUGUCCUCGUACACCAACUCCUCCCAGCCCUUCAGGCUCGGGGAGCGCAGCUUUAGCCGGCAGUACGCCCACAUUUAUGCCACCCGCCUCCUCCAAAUGAGGCCCUUCCUGGUGAGCCGCGCCAGACAGCGUUGGGGUGAUGGAGUCCAGGUAAAGAAGCUGUGUGAGCUGCAGCCGGGGGAGAAGUGCUGUGUGGUGGGGACCCUCUUCAAGGCCAUGCCGCUCCAGCCUUCCAUCCUCCGCGAGAUCAGCGAAGAGCACAACCUGCUCCCUCAGCCUCCUCGGAGCAAGUACAUCCACCCCGACGACGAGCUGGUCUUGGAAGACGAGUUGCAGCGCAUCAGACUGGAAGGCGAUGUCGACGCGUCAAGGCUUGUCACAGGGACAGUGCUGGCUGUGCUCGGCUCUGCGAGAGACAGUGGCAAGUUCGUGGUAGAGGACCACUGCUUUGCAGAGCUCGCCCCUCAGAAGCCCGCACCCCCCCUUGACACAGACAGGUUUGUGCUGCUGGUGUCUGGUCUGGGCCUGGGUGGAGGUGGGGGCGAGAGCCUGCUGGGCACCCAGCUGCUGGUGGACGUGGUGACAGGGCAGCUGGGGGACGAGGGGGAGCAAUGCAGCGCCGCCCACGUGUCCCGGGUCAUCCUCGCCGGGAACCUGCUGAGCCACAACACCCAGAGCAGAGAUUCCAUCAACAAGGCCAAAUACUUAACCAAGAAGACUCAGGCAGCCAGUGUGGAGGCGGUCAGAAUGCUGGACGAGAUCCUGCUGCAGCUGAGCGCGUCGGUGCCCGUGGACGUGAUGCCCGGUGAAUUCGACCCGACCAACUACACGCUGCCCCAGCAACCCCUGCACCCCUGUAUGUUCCCACUGGCCACCGCCUACGCCACGCUCCAGCUGGUCACUAACCCCUACCAGGCCACCAUAGAGGGAGUCAGAUUCCUGGGGACAUCAGGACAAAACGUGAGUGACAUUUUCCGGUACAGCAGCAUGGAGAAUCACCUAGAGAUCCUGGAGUGGACCCUGCGUGUCCGUCACAUCAGCCCCACAGCCCCAGACACACUAGGUUGCUACCCCUUCUACAAGACCGACCCAUUCAUCUUCCCGGAGUGCCCUCACGUCUACUUCUGCGGGAACACUCCUGAGUUUGGCUCUAAAAUCUUCCGAGGACCAGAGGACCAGAGGGUGCUGUUGGUGGCCGUCCCCGACUUCAGCGCCACGCAGACUGCCUGCCUUGUCAAUCUGCGUAGCCUGGCCUGCCAGCCCAUCAGCUUCUCGGGCUUUGGGGCAGAGGACGAGGACCUGGGGGGCUUGGGCCUGGGCCCCUGACUCAGAGACCCCGACUAUCUGUUCCAUGUGACACUGACCCAGGAGCGGCAUUUGUUUCUUAAGAAAAGCCUGAUUGGGACGCCUGGGGCGCUCAGCCCAUGGAGCAUC